AUGGCGAGUAAACAGGAUCAAUAUGCACCAUCUUCAUCUCCAGAGACGUCCAUGAUCAAGUUACCAGAUCCAAGAGAAGACACGUACGCUGGACGCGUGCGCAAGACCUUCGUCAUGCUGGACAUGCGCACAGCUUUCACGUCCAGACAGGACCUCCUGGAUGCACAGCAGCAAUUACUGGCCCAUCGCCGCGGCGAGUUUGUUCAUCCAGUCGAGCUCCAGCACGCGUCCAACGUGACGCAUGCUAUUCUGCAUCCGGAUACGGGCCAGCCAGUCGUGAUGCCAUUGCGCGCGUCCAUGAUCGUGCCCAUGAACAUGGUCAUGGACGGUGCCAUGCUGCUGGCCAAGAGUGUGAAGACCACCAUCGUGGCCCAGUGGCUGAACCAGACGUACAACGCGCUGCACUAUUACGCCAACCGCAACGCCUCCAAUGCAGACACAGCACAGCAGCGGCUCGUGGCCUACGUGGGCGCUACAGCCAGCUCAGUCGGAGCAUCACUUGGUAUUCGGCACUUGGCUGGUCGUCGAAGAAACGCCAAGUGGACGUCUGCUCUUGCUCGCAUGGGACCUUUUACCGCUGUUGCUGCUGCCGACUUGAUCAAUCUAGCAGUCAUGAGGCAAAGCGAGUAUCUUCAGGGAGUCUUCGUGUACGACGAGCAAGGAGAUGCAAUCGGCAAGUCCAGGAGGUGUGGAGCACUGGCAGUCGCUUCAUGUGCGACCGCGAGGAUCUUUGCUGCUGCACCGAUCUUGCUGCUGCCACCACUGGUGAUCUCGAUGAUCGAAAAGCACAGCACAGUGUUCACGCGAUCCAAGACGCGGUGGCUGCGCGUGCCGACUCUGCUUGGCUUGGUCGGCUGUGCGAUUCAGUUUUCGGUGCCCUUGACGUUCGGAUUGUUCCGACAGACUGCGCAGCUUGACUUCAAGUACCUUGAACCAGAGCUGCAGCAAGCUACGCGCAAACAAGAUGGCCAACCCGUGCGUGUUGUCACGUAUAACAAGGGCAUUUGA